UCCAACUCCAAAGGUUUUAUUUCUAAUUAAUUCAAAAGUAUCCUGUAAAAAUGUGUGUAUACUCAGAAAAUUAAUUUAUUGUAUGCUGCAAACCACUGUCGUCGUCUCAUUAUUUUGGUAGUUUGCGGGAAUUGCUACGUAUGCCCCAAUCGUCUAUGGAAUGGAUUAGGUUUCUUCUUCAAAGCCGACUAACUUCCGAUCUAAAUAAACAAAAACAAGUGUGAAGUGCCGUUCCGGGAAGCGGUAGAGACAGUUUGAAGAUGUGUGAUUCACUAGAUAUUCCGGAGUAUUUUGAAUAUGACAAGAAAUCAUACAAAGUAGCGAAAGCAGCAGUUUCCAAAAUGCAAAGGGAGACGAGUGUAUUGGAAUACUUGAUAGAAUCUCAACCCCCAUUUCUCAAAGUUGGAAAUUCCAUGCUGGGAAUAGAUAAACAGCAAUUAGAGAAUCAAAUGCACGGAGUUGCAGAUAAAUUAACGAUUCACUGUUAUCAAGAGCGAGGUGAUCGACUCCGAUACCUUUACGGUAUAUUGACAAAGAAACUGACAGGAAAUGAUGACCUAUUGAAAAUGAUGGUCCAAUUCUUGAUUCAGAUGAGUCAACGCCCAACAUCACUGCUUCAACUUACGGUGGAGGACUACAAGUAUUCGGAAAUACAAGAUGAUUGUAUGAGUGAUGAAGGUGAUUCAUUGCGUACGAAAGAACUGCUGAAAGAAAUUCUGGGAGAUGUAUCGGGACUUGAUGAGGGUGAUAAUAUAACAAUUUCAUACUCUUCGGAUAGUGAAUUGAGCGAUUGGUCCAGUGGCGACGAGAGUCAAAAGCCAGAGGUAUCUACAACUAAAGUGACUUCACUAGCGUCAUUGGUAAAACCUUCACACAGUUUCUCAGACUUUUCUGCAAUUAAGCUACCACCUGACGAAGAAACCAAACGGCUAGAAAUGAAAGAACAUUGGAAGGCAGAAUCAGAUAAAGCGAGAGGGCUUUGGAAAAACAAAUGUAAUAACAGCACAUCGUUAGUGCCACUGCAAAAUCAACCAGUCAUUACUGGACUGUUAGCAUUACACUCUAAAUUUGGAGAAUAUUGGGAAUGGAAACAUGAUACUCAUCAAUCUCAGAGGCUAAUAAUUCCGGAAAAAAUACUUAUUCGGGAAAUAUUAUGGCAGUUUUCUAUUUUAAGUGCUGAAUCAUCUCAAGUAUUUAACUCUGACUGGAGGUUAAAACCUGGCAUUAUGACGUCAAGUCUAAGUUGUAAAUCACUAUCGUCAUUUAUGCUUCCACUGCAGAAAACUUUGCAUUCUAUGCACAUUUUAAAAAUGUUUGUACACAAAGUAUAUAAAGCAUCUACAACAGUAGCGUCUCAUCAAGUUGCAAAAUCUCCUGUUCCUCCAAUUUUACUAUCCUAUGCUCAAGGUCUGGCUGAUAUAUUAAACUUUAUAUCAGAAAGUGUGGAGAAACUGGAAAUGAGUAUCAAAAAAGCUAACAAAAGUCCUACUAAUGAACAAACCCAAAGACAACUACCCGUUAUUACCACACUAGUCCAACUAAUGACUAAGCUUGAACCAAAUAUCGAAUGUGUCGAAAUGUUGCACGAUUUACAUACAAGUAACUUUGAAACUUUAAAUGAACCAUCUUCACCAUCCACUUUCGCGUCGGAAAAAGAUGCAGUUUCAUGUCUCAACGUAUUUUACAGCUUAUUUAGGACAUUAAAUGUGCAAAGACAUCCCAUCAACUUUGGAUUUGCCCAAUACCUGUUUUUACAAUGCCUACAAGCAUUUUUGGAAGAAAUUAACUCGUCCCUAACAUUGAAUUGGAAUGAACAUUUAUUGUUUGAGAGAUUUCCGGAAGUAAAAAUUUCGGAUCCAAAUUUCUGGACAGAAUGCAUAAGGCGACGUGAAUACCAGAGCAUCAAUGCUAGCAAUUAUAGUAUCUUUUCAGUCUCCUUCUUUAACAAACUCAUUGAGGAAGUGAUGGUAGUUUUAAAGACUUCAGAAAUGAUUAGACAGUUGGACGAAGACAAUGUCAAAAUUAUUGGACAUCCUCCAGAUGCUAAAAAAAUGGUAAAAGACUUUUUGAACACGAUAUUUCAACCACUUGAAGAAGACUCUCCCUCUAUUGAUCCCGAAGAACUCAUUCUAAAUCCAGAUUAUGAAAAAUACAUAAACUUCAUAGGAUUGAAAAAUUCGCUAGAAUCCGAUUCUGUGAAACUCAUUCUAGAAGAGUUAAGGAAAAAUCGACAAAGACUUAAAAAAGAUGAUGGGAAGGAUUCUAUGCCCAAGAUUUCCGACUACAAAUGGUUGUUCAAUCUCUCAAUCAAACAAGUACCAACAAUGAACAGUUGGCAUGCUUUGGAAACUAUACUGUACAAGUGGUACAACCCUCUGUGUUCGAAAGCAAACCUCUGCAUCCAUAAAAUAUUUGAAGAUUACUCGGUGGAUCAGAGCUUACAACUUUUUAGAGAAAUUAUUUUGGAAACACGAGAGGAUUUUGCACAAUCCCUGAUUGCUUUAGUAUCAACAAAUGUCAAGUCUAGCAGAUAUAAAUGGAGAGAAGCAUCCUGUCGUAAUCCUGCAUUUCAGAAAUUAUUGGCCGAUUGUUACCCAGAAGGACGAGACAAUUUUGAUAUCGACCUUAAACUUGAGAUGGACUCGACACUCGACACAAAUUACACCCUUGUCGUCACUCCUCGUUUCCCACUCAAUUUGGUGCUUUUUGAAGAUUCUAUCGAGGGCUAUAGGUUUGUUGCCCGUCAAUUGUCUAGAAUACGAAAAAGUCUCUGGGAAAUUAGUGCCUUGAAUAUGAAAGAUUUCAAACCUACUGCUGAAGGUGUCGAGCCUCAUCGAAUGCUACUCUUCCGAUUCGCUUUCUUACAUUUUUGUUCCAGUCUGCGUGCUUAUUUGGUUUGCCGAGUGUUUGUAAAAGAUGUCAAUUUCUGCACUACAAACAUUAAUAAUGAAGUUGACCUAAUUCGACGAGUUCAUGGAGGUCACCUCAAAACAAUCGAAGUGGAAUUACUCAAAAACCCUGUGAUGGAAAAACUUAUCUUACGAAAGAUGGGAGAAAUGAGUGAAAUUCUUGGAAAAGUAUGGCAUAUUGGAGUAUCUAUACGUACUAUGAUAUUACUGGAAGACACGCUAAAAAAGUGUUGGAGUGCAAUUCUAAGUUUUCGACGAAAUAGUAGUGAUUUUAAUGAGCUGGCGCAUCAUUUUGGGCCGAUUCCGUCGUGUCUGUCAUAGCUUUAUUAUAGUAUGGUAUUUGAGGCAUACUCUUAGCUUUCAACGAGUUGAGGAACUUGACAUAUUUUUGAUUGCUUUCGCACAAAAUACGCAGCGAUUUGAUCGAGCAGUCACGACCAUGUGUCAAUUCCGACAACUCUUCCAGCUUUAGGCUUACAGUUGCAACUAUAAGAAAA